CGGCGGGCUGGCGGGCGUGCAGCUGCCGCCGGCGUCGCGGGGCUCCAGGCUGCGGGGCGGACGCAGCGCUGAGCGAUCCACCGCGGAGCGGAGCGAGGCUGCCUGAGCCCCGGCGCCUGCCCCGGCCCCGGCCCCGAGCCCCGAGCGAAAGCUGCUGCCUCGCGCCUGCGGUCCCCGGACGCACCGCCACCUCUGGGAAGGCACCCGGCGCCGGGCAAGUUGCGAGCGCGCCCCUCCGCGGAGGAAAGUUUCCCCCCGGCCGCCGGCGGGAGUUGGUGCGGGGUCCGGCCGCCGCCGUUGGAAGAGUAUAUCUGGAAGCUGCUGUCAGGAGGACACUGUAAGAGAAUCUUGGCACCCCUGGGCCCAAAGGGAAAGACACCAGUGGAAAGAGGUGAGCAUCUCCCAGACAGCCUCAAGCUUCAGAUGAGCUGAGCUUCUAACACUGCUAUAAAGCAACUGGAACCCCUUGAAUUUGAUUUCUGGAGACGCGGGCAUAAUCCUUUUGCAGACGUUUCAACGCUGGCUCUCCAGGUGGAACAUCAUGGAAGGCGACUGUCUGAGCUGCAUGAAGUAUCUGAUGUUUGUUUUCAAUUUCUUCAUAUUUCAGCUGGGUGGGGCCUGCCUGCUGGCCAUUGGCAUCUGGGUCAUGGUGGACCCCACCGGCUUCCGGGAGAUCGUGGCUGCCAACCCCCUGCUCCUCACGGGCGCCUACAUCCUCCUGGCCAUGGGGGGCCUGCUCUUUCUGCUCGGCUUCCUGGGCUGCUGUGGGGCCGUCCGUGAGAACAAGUGUCUGCUGCUAUUUUUCUUCCUCUUCAUCCUGAUCAUCUUCCUGGCGGAGCUCUCAGCAGCCAUCCUGGCCUUCAUCUUCAGGGAAAAUCUCACCCGAGAAUUCUUCACCAAGGAGCUCACCAAGCACUACCAGGGCAAUAACGACACGGAUGUCUUCUCUGCCACAUGGAACUCGGUCAUGAUCACAUUUGGUUGCUGUGGGGUCAACGGGCCUGAAGACUUUAAGUAUGCACCUGUGUUUCGCCUCCUGACCCUGGACAGUGAAGAGGUGCCGGAGGCCUGCUGCCGGAGGGAACCCCAGAGUCGGGACGGGGUCCUGCUGAGCCGGGAGGAGUGCCUCCUGGGAAGGAGCCUGUUCCUAAAUAAGCAGGGCUGUUACACAGUGAUCCUCAACACCUUCGAAAUGUACGUCUACCUGGCCGGAGCGCUUGCCAUCGGGGUACUGGCAAUCGAGCUUUUUGCCAUGAUCUUCGCCAUGUGCCUCUUCCGGGGCAUCCAGUAGAGGGUGUGGCCUGAAGCCUGAAAACUCACCCUGCCCGCCACUGCCCAGCACCCGAUGCCCUCCCCUGCCCUUCUUCGCUGCCUUCUUGGCCCCAGAGGAGAAGAUGAGGCCAUCAUAGAUGGUCAGGAGAAGGGGCCAGGGGAAUAAAGCUAUUUUUUUAACAAAACAAAAUGAAUACAAAAAUAUGGACUGAGGUAUCCUCACCUGGAGUCGGGGCAGGUGCUGUGGACUCUCCACAGAGACCCCAGCGCCUGGCCCAGGACGGAGGCUGCUCUAGAGACCAAAGGAACACCAGGCCCCAUGCCCUCCUUGGUCCAUCCAGACCCUGGCCCCUCCCUCCUCGCUGCUCCAGGACCUGAUGCCAAGGAAGUGAGGAUUUAGGCAACAAGGAAGGAGGCAAAAGCCAAUCUCCGAGAAGUCAUCAAAGCCCAGGGGGCCCCACGGAGACUCAGCUGCCAUGGAUUGUCCCCGCUUCAGGCCAAGGCCAAGAGUGAGCUGCUGACACAGCAUUCAAGAAUGGCCCAGCUGGCAGGAUGUCUGCUUUCCCCUUCUGUUGGACCAAAUAAUCUCAAAGGCCCAGAGAGGGGCAGUGACCCAUCCACAGACACAGCACAGGCGUGUGACGGUUCUGAAAAGCAGCUGAGUUGUCUGCAGGCGGCUGUCACGGCAUCCGGGACUGUCAGUUCUGCUGUUCGCAUGCGUCCCUGGCCUCAGCAUCCCGGUUUCCCCAGAGAGAGGGCAAGCUGGCCAGGAACUGCCUCAUCCCUUCUCUACAGCUAAGAAAACUCCAUUCCUUGACUUCCCACCGCACCCUCCCUCCCACCUCCCCACAGCUCUAAGUCCCCAGGAACACACACAAGGCUGCACAUCACAUCCCCUUGUCCACACUGCCCGCCUGCCUCUCCCCACAGGGAAGUCCACUCCCUUCCCUGCCCUUCCCCAACUCCCCAGCUCCCAGAGUGGAAGAAAUCCCCAAGGUCAUCUGGGUCUCCCUCUCCCCAUCCAGAACUGAGGCUUGAAGAUCCUUCUUCGAGCUCCUGGCCAAGACUUCUCCACCCACUCGCAUACCUCUAGGACAGAGCUUCCUACCUCCCAAGGCAGCCUCCUGCCUUUGGGCUGCUCUGACUCGGCAUCAGCUUCAUAUACAGAAGAGGCUCCAUCCACGGCAUCCCACUUGCCUGCUCUCCUUCCUGGUGUUAAGGUCCCCUGAGCCCUCUUCUCUCCAGGCUAAAGGCAUCGAGGCCAUUUCUGCUGCAACAAGGCUUCCUGUCUCUUCACUGUCCACACAUUUCUUAGUGUUCCCUCCAGGCUUGGGCAGGGAGACUCACAGUUGCACACCCACAAGUAUUCAGGCCUCAAAUUCUAGACAAAUGUUGGCACCUGGACUGCAAGAUGCCCCUAUCCUGAUAGAUCAGGGGUGGCUGCUGGAGACUGUGCUGGUAUCCGAGGCUUGGUCUGGGCUCAGUGGGAGACGGUGGUACAAUCCUGAUGAGUGAUAUCUGCCAGGCACAAGUAUGAUUAGUGAUGUCUGCCACGGGCAGGGAUAGAAGGAACAGUGUGAGGUCUUCUCUCUUCUCUCCCCUCUGUCCCUCUUCAGGAAGAGCUCAUUCUGUCUCACAAGCCACCAGCACCCUAUACCAGUUUCCAGCCUCCCCUUGGGCUUUCCAGCCACCAGGGACACACGGAGUUACAGCCUAGAGCCCAGUGUUCCCCAGCCUGUACCACCUGGUCCCUUUUGAGAUGCAGCCAGAAGCUCUGCACCUGCUGCAAAGAUUCAGGCAGACCAUCCUCCCAUCUCCUGCUAUGCCCACCAGUGCUAGCCCUCCCACCAGGUCUCUGAGCUCAGUCUUCCCAAACUGUCCCUUUAACAGCUGCUCUGGCGACCCCAUAAACGUCACCUGAGCUCCAUAGAAGCUAAGCUCCCAAAACCCAGGGGGACCUGCCAGUGGUACUGUGGGCCAGCCGGGGAAGGGCCUGGUGCCUGCUUCUCUUGAAGCACCCACAUGCUUUGCUCCAGCUUCCUGGAAGAGGCAAAUGGCUGGUCUGAAGAUGACAAGCAAAAACCAACCCAGGCUGGGCAGGACUGAGGCAAAUGGCACAGUUUUAUGGCUCUAAUCUGGGGACAUCCCAGGCUUCUGGGGCCCAUACAAGCUAGAGGGAGGACCCAGGAGAAUGGGCCGGUCAUGGAGGAAAAUCUGGCUAAGAUGGGUUCAUGGGCAGAUACAAGACUGCUCCUCGACAGCUUCCCACAAAUGUGCCAAGGAACCCUCAAUCAGCCCAGAUUCAGCUCCCAGCCAGCCGCUGGCCACCCUCUUAGCCUGGAAAGGGAAGACAGGAAGUUUCUGCUCCUGUUGGCAUCUGCUUAGGCUGGUAGCUAUUUGCAAGGCUGCCUGAGGCCAUUUCUUGGAGACAAGGCAAAGAAAGCUCAGCGCAAAUCAGGCUUGAGCCUCCCUCCAGAGCACGGGGAGGCACAGGGUUCAGCUGGCUCGGUACAGAUACAACUCACAGCAGGUUCUGGUGGUGGCUGCGGGUGGAGGAAGAGUGGCAGGGAUGCCUCUUCGUCUCUUUUCACCCCAGAAUAUGACAGUACACAAUAGAGACUUCCUUGGACCUCACUAACAGGGUAAGGAACAAGACUUAUACCACUCAUCACACACGCUGCCCUGUAUUGAAAGCCACUUUCCUGCUCUGAAGCUACUGGCUGGUGGAGAAAGGGAACAUCUCUUUCCCUUUUGGAGAAAGGGCUGGGGGUGAGGGCCCCUCUCCAGGUCCCUGUUAACUUCUAGUCUUGGUGCUCAGGCCUUUCCUCAGCCUCCCUCGUCCAUCUGUCUAUCCAUGAGUAAGGGGCCCAGACAGGAUUCCCCAAACCAGACGAGGCCCCAGCACCCCGUCUCCCUGGAAGCCCCCUCCCCCCUCCCCCGUGGGUCAUACGUUGAAAGUCUAUUUUAAAAGCUGUCUAUGCUCCCUGCGGUAGAUUGCAGAGCUCAUUUAUCAUGUUUCUCUCCUGUGAGCCCCCUUUUAUAUGAUCUAUCCAGAGGAAGUUUUGUAAUAUAAAACAGGACGCCCACACAGA